AUGAACGCCAUUGAGGGUGCGAUUGGGCCAUGUCUGAUAAUGUCUCUAACCAUUGAUGUGGCCCGUCUCGGGGUCCCCAUCCAGGAAGACGGCCCAGCAUUUGGGACUGAUGACUCCGUUGAUCCUGCACCAGUUUUGUGUUCAACAUCUUCUCAUCACAUGGCGCCGACAUCCUCAGGUAUCUCCCAAUCAAUCUUCAAGCCUCGACACCCAGUCUAUCUGGCUGUUUUCAAUGGCCGCACACUGCGGCAAACAGGACAACAAGCUACUCUUGCACUCACACUGAACUCGCUUGGUAUUGAUGUGUGCUGUGUCUCAUGGCUAACCGCCUCAGGAGUCUCCACUCACUUCGAGCUGCGCACCUCUGGUGAUGCAGAGGCUGCUGCGGUGGGAUGUACAGGCGUUGGUAUCGUCCUGAGCCACCGGGCAGAAGUAUCCUUGCUUUACUGCAUGCCUGUCGAUGGUCGACUCUGCACGGUCCGUCUCGCAACGUCUGCGAAGGGGCCGCAAAAGCAGGAAGUUGAUCAAUGUCUGUUGAUCGUAUCCACUUGCGCUUCGACUGACUGUAGCUGCGAUGCCGUCAAAGACAGGUCUUGUGAUGCACUGAAUGCCCUAAUGUGGUGGGCAAAAUAUCAGGGAUCGUGGUGA